AUGAAUCGUCUUUUUGGCGGGAGAAACACGGGUCCAAAGCCCACCCUCAACGAUGCCAUCGGCAAUAUGCAAACCCGUCUCGAUACAAUCGACGUCAACAUUGCAAAGAUCAACGGCGAGUUGACCACCUACCAGCAGAAGCUCUCCCGCAUGCGUGAUGGCCCCGGCAAGAACGCCAUUCGCCAGCGCGCAAAGGCCUGCCUCGAACGCCGCCGCAUGUACGAGAGUCAAAAGGACCAGCUCAUGAGCCAACAAUGGAACAUGGAGCAAGCAACAAUGAUGCAAGACAACCUGCGCAACACCAUGACCACCGUAGACGCCAUGAAGACCACCACAAAAGAACUCAAGAAGCAGUACGGCAAGAUCGACAUUGACAAGAUCGACAAACUCCAGGACGAGAUGGCUGAUCUGAUGGACAUUGGCAACGAGAUUCAAGAGAGCAUCAGCCGCAGCUACGAUGUACCGGAAGAUGUUGACGAGGCCGAGUUGGAUGCUGAGCUAGAGGCUUUAGGCGAGGAGGUUGACCUUGGAGAAGCUUCCUACGAGGGUGCCGAUUCCAUGCCUGCUUUCAUGAUGGACCAAAACGCUCCUCCGCAAUUCAUCGACGAACCACCAGAGACCAACAAGGUCAAGGAAGCCGCUGGAUAA